UCUGAACAAAAGAACGGCUGAGUCUGAAAGCAGCAAGCAAUUGAAGCAACCCGUUGUGACGUCAGAGGUCAGAUUUAGGAAGGGAAAUGUCGGUGCAGAAGUGAUCGUUUGGGAAGUUAAAUAUUGUGCUCGUUUUAGUGAUUGAGCUAACAAAAUUGUAGACUGGGACUUAUGAGCCGAGUGAUAAUGGCGGCUAUACUCAAGGAUUUCAUUGUCGGCCUUAAAUACCGUCUCAUUCGCAAAAUCGGUAGUGGCUCCUUCGGUGACAUAUAUCUUGGCAUCAAUAUUACAAAUGGAGAGGAAGUUGCUGUUAAAUUGGAAGAAUGUCGUGCUAGACAUCCUCAAUUGUUAUAUGAAAGUAAACUUUAUAAAGUCCUCCAAGGGGGUGUUGGUAUACCACAUGUCAGAUGGUUUGGUACAGAGAGACAAUACAAUGUUUUGGUAAUGGAAUUGUUGGGACCUUCCCUAGAAGAUCUAUUUAAUUUUUGUGGCCGUAAAUUUACUAUUAAAACUGUUCUCAUGUUAGCAGAUCAAAUGGUGGCUCGUAUAGAAUUCCUUCAUGCCAAGAGCUUCAUUCAUCGUGAUAUCAAACCUGAUAAUUUUCUAAUGGGAAUUGGACGCCAUUGUAAUAAAUUAUAUCUGAUAGAUUUCGGAUUGGCUAAAAAGUAUCGGGAUCUCAGAUCUAGGUUGCACAUCGGAUAUCGGGAAGACAAGAAUCUCACAGGCACUGCCCGUUAUGCAUCAAUUAAUGCACAUCUUGGUAUUGAACAAUCAAGACGCGAUGAUAUGGAAUCUUUAGGGUAUGUACUAAUGUAUUUUAACAGAGGCUCAUUACCGUGGCAGGGGCUCAAAGCUGCCACUAAGAAGCAAAAAUAUGAAAAAAUUUCAGAAAAGAAAAUGUCCACACCUGUUGAAGUAUUGUGUAAGGGUUUUCCAGCUGAAUUUGCAAUGUAUUUAAAUUAUUGCCGAGGCCUGAGAUUUGAUGAGGGUCCUGAUUAUAUGUAUUUAAGACAGUUGUUCCGUAUUCUGUUCCGCACUUUGAAUCAUGAAUAUGAUUACUUAUUCGACUGGACAAUUCUCAAGCAAAAACCUGGAGCGCCAAACUUGGGGGCUGCUGGUACUUCUCAAGUGCAACCCAAUACAUCAGGUAACCGCUAACAGAAGUUAUCACAGUGACGUUCUACAUCGGAGAAUGGUUAGAAUUCAGAAAAUAAUCAUGCAACACGGUCUCAUUAUUAUAACAUUCACAUAAAAAAUAUUUAAAAUAUGUAAACUAGCUUGCAUGUUUAUUGUAAGCCAGUCUAUAAUCUAUUAUUGUUUGCACUUUACUUAAAUUUAAGUACAAAAACGAUACUAGAUUUUUGAGAGGUGUGACAGAUGAAGUACAGUUUUUAAUUAAUUUAAGGAUGGACCCUGAAUUUUAAUCAAUGCAUUAGUCUAUGAUAAACUAAUAAUAGUAUUCGCUAGUGUAUUGAUUUGAAAUUUUAUAUUAUCACAUGUAUAAUUAGGUAUGAUCAUAAUAAGAUCAGUAUUGUUUGAUCAUUUUUAAUAUUAAAUUUUGAUGAAUUUAUAAUACUUUUAUUAACCCUAUGGUUAAUAAUCAGGAGUGAUACGGUCAACUAGAUCUGUUGACUUUUACUACAUUUUCCCAUCGUUAAGAUAAUAAUGCAGACAUUAUUGUUGUA